UAGCCAUGUUUCAUUCCCUCUUUUUCUUUCCCCAGUCAGCUUCGAACAGUCCACGUCGAUCACUCAUCUCGAUCAAGUUCUUCCAGCCGUCUCACGUCUAAAACCCACAUCCAACCAGACAAUCUCUGAAACAAAGACACAAAUCCCAGACAACAUGUUAGCCAACGUCAUGACCGUCUUGGGCCUCACGGCCGCCACCCUCACCUCUGCCGCCGUCAUCCUUCCCGUCCGCCGCGGCGAAUCCAUCGCCAUCACCCCUCACGACAAGUACUCGUCCUCCGUAGGAGUUCUCGGCUGCAAAAUCGACAUUAACCGCGUAGCCUACUGGCCCUCGGCCGUCGACUGCAACAACAUCUGCGUCCGCGUGACCGCCAACGGCCGCUCCGUCACCCUCCUCAAAAUCGACAGCUCCACGGGCGCCUACGACAUCAGCUACGACGCCUACGCCUACCUCCAGAACGGCGUCGGUGCCGCCGGCGGAGCAGCCCUCGGUGGCGCCGUCGCUGCUACUUACGAGUUCGUCUCGCCCGAGGAAUGCAGGCCGCUUAUCAAGACACCUGACGGCAAGUUGCCCUUCACGGCCGCGAACUCGAUGAACUUUAUCAACUCGUGCCAGGGUGGUAGUUGGGUGGGCCACAACUUUCAGCUUUAUAACGUUGCGGAUGCCCGGUGCCAGUGGGGCGAGGAUGUUCCGUGCAGUUUCCCUGAUUUGGCUGUUACCAACCAGCCGGAUUGUGGUGCGGGACAUGUUUUGGGGAUCCAGAAGGCGUUGCCGGCCGAGUAUGCUGUGGUGGAUAUUCCGUAUCCUAAUUGAGUUUGUCAAGGUGGUUACACCCACGUAAACAACACGAAAGUAUAAGCCUUCGAGUCGGCGUCAUCCUUGAGUUCGCAGGGCGAGGUCAGCUGGGCAUGGAAAUCAUGAGCGACGAAAGACAUACAGCUUCACAGCUUUUCAGCUUUGAUUUUUCUUUCUUGAUGGAUACCAUGGGCGGGUUCCCUUACACCAAUUUUUCGUCCUUUUUUUUUUUUUCUUUUUU